CUGAAACUCCCCACAUCAGCUUGAACAUUGUUGGAUAUCCAUCUAGCUAUUCAUCAGCCCAGGUGUACCCUUACUAUACUUUUUCAGAGCCGGGGUCACCGGAUCAUUUGAUUUGGUGUUCGCUGCUUUCGAUAGUGUUGGCAACCUUUACAAUCUCAGACAAGUCUUGGAUCUCGGUUUCCGGAUAUAUUUCUAUGUCAUUUUACUAGACUUUAUAUUUAUCAAUGGUUGAUUCUAGCUUCCUUGGGUCGCGGGGACCUCCACUUAAGCGCAAAAGGUUGAUAUUUGGAGAAGAGUCACAAGCGUCGACAGUCAAGGACACUCGGAUUACCCAAACCCAAGCUCUCAAGCUAGAUGGCAAAACCAUAGAAGUUAUAGUUGGGCCAGAGCAGGAAAGGGCUUCUUAUCAGGUCCAUGAAGCGGUCAUUUGCGCGUCUGCCGAAUUCUUCCGCAAUGCAAUGAAACCCGAGUGGGCCUCGGCUCGGCCUGACCCUCGGGUUGUAGAGCUUCCAGACGACGUCCCAGCGGCCUUCUCUUUGUACAUGCACUGGAUCUAUUCGAAACGACUCCCCGUGCUGCCUGACCCAAAGGAAUUAGUCACAGGUGAGGGGGGCUACCACACCUUGGCAUACGCUUAUGUCCUUGGCGAGCGGCUUAUGGAUUUUGAGUUCAAGAAUGCUGUACAGGACGCAUACGUAUUAUACGCACGAGGUUCGCCUCCCACAAAACGGUAUUAUCCUACCAAUGAGGAGAUUCGCAUCAUCUAUGAUGGGACACGCGAGAACUCUCCAAUGCGGAAAUUUCUGGCUGAUAUUUGGACAUGGAGAGGCAAAUACGAGUGGAUUGAGAAAGACCGUGACCUUCCUCAAGAUUUCCUGGCCGACGUCACCACUGCGUUGUUGAAGACCCGACCUCCCAUCGAGGAUUUGUCGCGGCCAUGGAAAAAUUCGCACGAGCAGUAUCACGAUCACUAAAUAAUUCAUAAUCCCGAACUCCUUUAUUGCCGAAUAUCGACAGACUUUAAAUACGCGCGAGGUUUGCAAGUAUGCGCUUGUUCUAGCCCUUGUAGGUGAACUUGGAUAGGUAAAAACUUUCUGUCCUGUGGGCGGCUUCGACAUAAAAGUAGAGAACCAGGCGAGAUGAUCAAAAC